GGAGAACGUUUUUUCCAUUGGAAAAAUUUCCACCUUGUCCGCACUUCGUUUUGUGCUCUCUUUGUGCGCUGCCUCCGCUUUACGUUUGGGCUUCAAGAAAACGCACAGAAAAGCCUGUGAAAUUGGUUUGGUUAAAUACCGCCACCAGUGGGCUGACGGGCCAGUGGCCAGGAUGCAAUAAGAAUAUGUGUGUGCAAUAGUAAUAGGGAUCGGUACGGUGCCCCAAAACAUGAAAAUGGUGCUAGACGCUCCUAACGCCGUGCCGAGCUGGCAUAUUUUGCUUAGCGACGCCGUCGGCGCCGUUUCUUCCGGCCGCGAACUCUGCGCCUGGAAUUUACAACAAAAACAAUGAACGAAAUGGCCCCUGUCUAAAUGACGUCACAAGCGUAACAGAGUGCAACAGACAACAAUGACCGAUGAGCAUAAAAGUAACAUUAACAGUAACAGCAGUAACUCCAGCAACAACAACAAUAACAGCAAUAACAACAGCGGCAGCAGCAACAACAACGCAGCCAGUAGCAGCAGCAGCCACAGCAACAACAACGGCAACGAGAGCAGCAGCAACAACAACUGUAGUAGCAUAAUUGCAGAGGCGGCCGCCAAGUUUCUACUGAAAAAUGGCCUGAAUGGGAACAGUAGCAGCAGCAACAGCAGCUUUCCCCCUCUGCCACCGCCCCUGCCCAGCAACUUAAGCAGGACGACCACGCCCACGCCAACGCCCUCAUCCUGCAGCUCCACCCCCUCAAAUGGCUUUUUGCCGCAUGCCAAGACGCCAAAAAGUAGUAGCAUCAUGGCUGCAUCCGCCGCAGUGGCAGCCGCCAGCAUCGUUGGAGCCACUGCAUCCAAGCCCCCCACCAUCGAUGUCCUGGGCGGCGUCCUGGACUACAGUUCCUUGGGGGGAGCAGCAGCAGUAGCAGCGGCAGCGGCAGCGGCUGCGGGAACAGUGAAGAUCGGCAAGGGCAGCAGCAGCAACUCCGGCGGCGGCUUUGAAAUGGGCAGGACUCCAAUAGCGACGCACGGCAGCAACAGCGGCAACAACAGCUGGGGCGGCUACGGCGGCCGUUUGCAGUUCUUCAAAGAUGGCAAAUUCAUUUUGGAACUGGCACGAUCCAAGGAUGGCGACAAAAGCGGCUGGGUCUCGGUCACGCGCAAGACCUUCCGGCCUCCAUCGGCGGCCACCUCGGCCACUGUGACCCCGACGUCGGCGGUGACCACAGCGUAUCCAAAGAACGAGAAUUCCACAUCGCUGAGCUUUUCGGACGACAACAGCUCGAUACAAUCCUCGCCCUGGCAGCGAGAUCAGCCCUGGAAACAGUCGCGUCCCAGGCGCGGUAUAUCCAAAGAGCUCUCGCUCUUCUUUCACCGCCCCAGGAACAGUGCACUCGGCCGGGCUGCCCUUCAAACAGCCGCUCGCAAGCGACGGCGGCCCCAUGAGCCGCUGACCAGCAGCGAGGAGCAGCAGUCCAUCUUUGAGGCGGCAGUCAAGGCGGAAAACGGUGACGAUACUCUUAAAGCGGAAGCCGCAGAGGCCGUUGAAGGUGGCGCCGAGGCGGACAUAUCCACAAAUGAGAUUAAAACUGAGAAACCGGAAGCGAUCAAAGGCGCGGAAGAUGCCGAUGGGCCUGAAAAGGAGCCCAAGAAAGAGGUAACCGAGGACAGUGAGUUAAAAGUAGCAUCCCCUGAUCAGAAGGUGGAGGCAGAAGCAAAAGAGGAGCCAGUGGAGAAGAUGAAUACGAGCGAGGACGAGGAAGCCAUGACAGAGCCGCCCAAAAGCACGAAUCCCGUGAACGGAGACCUGAACGGCGACCUCAAGACGGGAGUGGGAAAACCAAAGCCGAAACCGAAACCGAGGGCCAAGCUCAGCAGCAUCAUCCAGAAACUAAUCGAUGGCGUACCAGCACGCCUAGAGCAAAUGUCGAAGGCACCAGCGGUAUCCGCAGCGACAACGGCGUCAACAGAGCGCAGCGGUGGCGGAGCCAUCGGCAGUUUGGGCCACUCCUUGACGCACAAGGUCUCUCCGCCCUCGUCGGCAACAGCAGCCAGCCGUCUAGUCGAGUACCACCACCAGCACGUGUCGCCCAGGAAGAGAAUCCUGCGCGAGUUCGAGAAGGUGUCGCUGGAGGACAACGGAUGCGUGAAUAACGGCAGCGCUGGCGGAAGCAGCGGGGGAGCUGGCGGCAAACGGAGCCGAGCAAAGGCUUCUUCGACUUCAUCACCGGCUGGCAAGGCGUCGCCGAUGAAUCUGGCCCCUCCGCAGGGAAAGCCGAGCCCCAGUCCCGGUUCCAGCUCAUCGAACACCUCGCCAGCGGCAGCGUCAACGCAGCCCACGCGACUGAACAGCUCCUAUAGCAUCCACUCGCUGCUGGGUGGAAGCAGUGGCAGCGGAAGCACAUCCUCCUCCUCCUCCGGCAAGAAGGGCGGCGAUCAUCCGGCGGCUAUAAUCAGCAAUGUGCACCACCCGCACCACUCCCUGUACCAGCCCAGCUCCUCGAGCUAUCCACGCUCGCUGCUCACCUCGCCCAAGUCCCCGGAUGUGAGCGGCAGCAAUGGAGGAGGAGGCGGCGGUAAAUCCCCGUCGCACGCUGGAACCAAGAAGCGUUCGCCACCGUACACGUCGGGAUCACCCGUGGACUAUGGCCACACCUUCUACAGGGAUCCCUAUGCGGGAGGAGGUCGUCCACCCACGAACUCAGCGUCGCAGGACCUGUCGCCGCCGCGCUCUUCGCCGGCUUCGCCCGCCACGACGCCGCGCACUGUGCCCAAGAAGACUGCAUCGAUCCGACGGGAGUUCGCCUCGCCGUCGGCCAGCAGCAGCAGCUGCCCCUCGCCCGGCGAUCGGAGUGCCUCGCCUCCGGACCGGCGCCACAUGCAGCAGCAGCAGCCGCACCUGCAGCGCAGCUCGCCGCUGCACUACUAUAUGUAUCCGCCACCGCCUCAGGUGAACGGCAAUGGAUCGGGCGGCAGUCCGACCUCGGCGCCGGUCACGUCCAGCAGCAGUGCAGCUGCAGCAGCGGCGGCAGCAGCGGCCGCAGCAGCCUACAUUCCCUCGGUGGUGUCGCCAUCGCUGUACCACCCCUACAUAUCCACAUUGGCGGCCCUGAGGCACAGUCCGCUGUGGAUGCACCACUAUCAGGCGGGAGGAUCGCCCCUGCUGCCGCCACAUCCACAGGCCGGCAGUUCGGCAGCCGCCGCUGCUGCAGCUGCAGCUGCUGCGAGACUGUCGCCGCAGUCGCCCUAUCACGCGUUCGCCUAUAACGGAGUGGGAGCGGCCGCUGUGGCGGCUGCUGCAGCUGCCGCCGCCUUCGGGCAGCCCGCUCCCAGUCCCCACACGCAUCCGCACCUGGCCCAUCCGCACCAGCAUCCUCAUCCGGCUGCACUGACCACCACCCACCACUCGCCCGCUCACCUGGCCACGCCAAAACUGACUGAUAGUAGUACCGACCAAAUGUCUGCAGCGUCCAGUCAUCGCACCGCCUCCACUUCGCCGAGCAGCUCGAGCGCAUCGGCCUCCUCCUCGGCGGCCACUUCCGGCGCCAGCUCCUCCGCAAUGUUUCAUACUAGUAGCCUAAGGAAUGAACAAAGUUCAGACUUACCACUGAAUCUGUCAAAGCACUGAGACAUACACACGCCCCAGCUGCCCCAGUUUCUGGGCCAACCAUCGAGUUAAGUACAUUUUCGCACUAGUAGCGCUUAAGACGACAUUCAACUACACGUAAUAUUAUUUGAUAAGUUCGCUGCUAGUUUAGUUCUAACCUAAUUGUUUUAG